AUGCGUUUCUCUACUGCAAUCACCGCCAUUUUCAUUGUCGCAGCCCCUGCUCUCGCUGCCCAAAAGAGCAAGCCCUCCUCCGUCCCGUCGACUGGCUUCCUCUGUCCAACCAGCACGACCAACGGAAACUCUCAGAUUCCCGACCUUUGUGACACUCCUCCACACUCUAGCUCUGUUUUCGGAUGCACCUUCCGGGGCAAUACCAGUAGCACAUCGACGCUCAAAUGUGUAUAUGAUGUGCUUACUGGCGAGUGCACAAGCGCGGAAGAAGAUUGCCCCAAGUCAGCCCUCGAUCUUUCCAAGCGCUCCAUGCCUGCAAAACGUUCACAUAUACCCGCUCUUCCUGUUCCUGCUUCCCGUAAAGUGCACAGGAGCCGUCUUUAA